AGAGAACUUGUCAAAUUGAUACAUAGUUAACAACAAAUGUACAAGAUACGAAUCAGUACACAAGGAUAUAACAAAAAGCAAUUAAUAAAAAGGACACAACCAGGUUUGCGUCCUGCGAUUUGCCGUGCCUGGCGUACUUCCUACAACAAACAUCCAGACCUGGAACUACAUGUCUGCGCACGCGCAGGACGCCGUUACUUGCUCUGUGGAAUAUCCACCUCUUACUAUUUAGUUGUCAUAUUCCUGCGGGUUAUGUUAUGUUAUGUGAUCCCAAAUCAGACAGCUAUGGCUGCUGAAGUUAAAAAUCCGAUGGACAUCGGUGAUCAUGAGUCCGGGGACAGCAGCUCAGAUCGCAUCCGAAACUGUCACAAGCAGGCAUUUGAGUACAUAUCUCUGGCCCUGAAGAUUGACGAAGAUGACAAAGGUCAGAAAGAGCAGGCUGUCAAGUGGUACCAGAAGGGCAUUUUGGAGCUGCAGAAAGGAAUAGCAAUUAAGAUCACUGGGGAAGGUGAGCACCGUGACCGGAUUAGGCGUAUCCAAGACAAAAUGACCACAAAUCUCUCAAUGGCCAAGGAGCGGUUGCAGCUUUUAGAGAGUCGACUGGCUUCCAGGAAAACCAUUUUGCCAGCCCGGCCCAGCCUUCCCAUGCCUCAGUCAAAGCCAGUCCCUGGAAGUUCCAGAAUUGCUGGUGGGCCGUCCUCUUCCCAGCCUAGCCGGCCAGUAGCUCGCGUGUGUAGUGCCAAGGGCCCAGUCAGAGCUGGAAAUCAACCCAACAGUAAGCCGGCAGCUCCCACACCAGCCAAGAAGAGAACCAUGAAGAACUUCAAGAAUGUGGACAGCAGGCUGGCCAACCUCAUCCUCAAUGAGAUUGUGGACAGUGGGUCAAGUGUGCAUUUUGAGGACGUCGCUGGACAGGAACUUGCCAAGCAAGCGCUACAGGAGAUUGUUAUUCUCCCUGCCCUGCGACCAGAGCUGUUCACUGGCCUAAGGGCCCCAGCACGGGGCCUGCUUCUGUUCGGCCCCCCUGGGAAUGGCAAGACAAUGCUGGCUAAGGCUGUUGCCAUGGAAUCCAAUGCAACCUUUUUCAAUAUAAGUGCUGCGAGCCUCACUUCUAAAUAUGUUGGUGAAGGAGAGAAGCUAGUCCGGGCGCUCUUCUCUGUCGCCAGGGAACUGCAGCCUUCCAUCAUCUUCAUCGAUGAAAUCGACAGCCUGCUGUGUGAGAGGAGGGAAGGGGAGAACGAUGCCAGCCGACGACUGAAGACCGAGUUCCUGAUUGAGUUUGGGGGGGGGGUCCAGUCAGGAGCCGAGGACAGGGUGCUGGUGAUGGGCGCCACCAACAGGCCCCAGGAGCUGGACGAGGCUGUUCUCCGACGCUUCGCAAAAAGGGUGUAUGUGGCGCUACCCACAGAAGAGACUCGCUUCAGACUGCUGAAGAAUCUGCUCACGAAGCAGGGGAGCCCCCUCAACCAGAAUGAGCUGACGCAGCUCGCCAGAAUGACAGAAGGCUACUCAGGAAGUGACCUGACCGCUCUGGCUAAGGACGCAGCUCUUGGGCCAAUCAGGGAACUCCAUCCGGAACAAGUAAAAAACAUGGCAGCCAAUGAGAUGCGAAACAUCACAUUCCGUGACUUUGUGGAUUCGCUGAAGAAGAUCAAGCACAGCGUCAGCCCACAGACCCUUGACAUGUACAAGCGCUGGAACAAGGAGUACGGGGACACCACUGCUGUGUGAAACACCGCCCUCUCCUGGCUCGGAGGUGAAAGACGGCCAGGAACAAGGGAGGAGACAAUGAAAUGGGAGCAAUCUGUCUUUGGAGCUUGAAGGAAUCUGAGCAUUAACCCAGUAACCAAGCAAUACAAAAGGAUACCUCUCUGUGCCUUGCGACUGUCCUGAAGAUGACCAGAGACCAUAUUUAAAUAUAGUAAAUAUUUAAAUUUAAAUUCUGUGAAAACAACUUUAAAUAACUUAAAAAAAAAAACAUUAGACUGAGAGCGGCAGCGUUUGAUGUCAGAAGCACACAUUUAACACUCAGCCAUAAACAUACGUGUGCCUUAAGAGUGAAGAGGACCUUUUUCCCCAAAAAGAUUUUCUUACGGGGAUGAUGGCUGACUGUUUUUCCGUGAACUUUUAAUACUCACCAGAAGGAAGCUUUCGAAUGGCUUGGGAGGUGUUUCUUGUCUACGACUAAAACAGCAGCUCCACUCCAAUUUUUCUAAUUCCUGUCGUGGCUCAAUAAGGCUUUUUACUGCUAAAGGAAACGCGGUUUUAUAGGAGUCCUUCUCCCAGAUUCCGGAACAUCAGCGUUACCAUCUUUCCCCCAUUUUUUUUUUCAAUGUUGUGCUGCUUUACGGAUUUGUUAUGUAUUUUUCAUUUUUGUUUAUAAAAUUUCAUUUGCUGGAUAACUCAAGGUUUGGGGGGAACAAAAAACAGAGCUGUGUUUAUUUUGAUUUGUUUUAAGGUUAUUCUAGGGUAUACAUUAGGGUUUGUAUAUCAUUAUGGUUUGUCACAGCAUGCCUAAAAAGAACAUUCUCUUAGAAUGUGUAAUUAAAAGAAGGCCUUGAGUAUAUGAUUUUGAUUAACAAUGAAUAAGGAGUGUGUCAAAGUGUUUUUUUUCAUGGGGUGACAAUAUAAUAAAACAAAAACAAAAAGUAAUUUAAGAAUGCUGUAAAAUAAAUGCACAAUUGCAUAACCCCAUUAAGUCUAAUAUAAUCCUGAUGAAUUUCAUUUCUGUAUGUUUACCUACAUUAAACAAAAUGAACGUGCAGUAGCGCAUGUCCUCAGGAAGGGGGCAUCAUGCCCCUGUGUUUCUCAGCCACAAACUUCUGUCCUGCUUUGGUUUGAAUCUGGAAGCGUGGCAUUAAAAAUGGGAGUGAUGUGGCUUGUUGCUCCUGAUUAAGGUCCAUAGGCUGCUGGUUAACUGCCUCAUGAAGAGGAACUGGUAACAUUCUGGACUGCCACCUGGACGAUUGUAUAGCAAACGCUGGUCGCUGAUCUUCCUUAGGAUAUGAGUUCGGCUGGUAUCACUGAGCUGCAGCCGGUGUUCCUCCGGCCGACGUCUCACAGCCUAUGGAAUAUUGAGAAUAAUAAUUUCUCAUAAGCCACAGAAAUUGAAAUUUGUAGCUAAAGAUUUCUAAGCAAAUAAAUUGUUUAAUGACA